AUGAAUAUCAUCUGUGGUCUAAAGUUGCCCGGCAGGAACUGUGUUUUCUUUCAUUUGGCUUCUUUGACCAAGCAGGAGAAGUGCAAUAACCUCUAUAGGUCUUACGCAGGAUAUUGCCGAACUCAAGUCAGUUGUACAAAAGAUAGAUGCCAAAGACUGGAUUUGAGUGGAAAUACUAGAAACUGUUUUUUGACUGGUAGCCCUGACUCCUGUAGAAACUUCAUCGGUAAAAGACUGAUGUGUCUUUUGAAUGUCCCAAAUACAGAAGUAUACAAGAUUGCACACUGCAGUUCGGGAAGGUUUUGCUUCCAGUCUUCUGGGCCUUUGCGGGAGAAGAUCACAUCCCUCCAGAUCAGUUCUGUAGGGCAAUUCGCACAUCAUUUUUCUGCUUGGAACAUUCAUAUCAUCAGAUCUUUUCACACAUCACUGUCAAUUCAGGCUGCACCAGUUCCUCUUUUCUGGAUUAUUGUUAAGCCAGCUCAGAAAUUAUUUGCUAUCGUUCUUGGCAGGAGCAUAAGAAAUUGGUGGAAGGCACUUCCUCCUAAUAAACGGGAACUUUUUAAAGAAAGUGCAAGGAAAAAUAAAUGGAAGAUUCUCCUGGGUGUUAGUAGCUUAGGAGUUUUAUUUGUCGUGUUUUAUUUUACUCACUUGGAGGAGACACCCAUCACUGGGCGCGCUCGACUGUUGGUGUUUGGAAAAGAGCAUUUUAGGGAACUGUCACAGAUGGAAUACGAUAUGUGGGUGGAGGAAUUCAAAAAUAAAAUGUUACCUGAGACAGAUGCACGCUAUCAGGUUGUGGAAAGAGUUGUUGGUCAUUUAUCUGAAAGCAAUAAGGACAUCCCACAGGUCUCGGCGCUCAAGUGGGUUAUCCAUGUGGUAGACGAACCAGAUGUAAAUGCUUUUGUGCUUCCACACGGCCAAGUGUUUGUUUUCACUGGAUUGCUAAAUGCAGUUUCUGACAUUCAUCAGCUGUCUUUCAUUUUGGGACAUGAAAUAGCUCAUGCUGUGCUGGAACAUGCAGCAGAGAAAGCCAGCCUGGUUCACUUCUUGGAUUUUCUAUCACUCAUUUUUCUCGCUAUGAUUUGGGCCAUCUGUCCCCGUGAUAGUUUGGCGGUUGUUGGCCAGUGGAUUCAGAGCAAGUUGCAGGAGUUUAUAUUUGAUAGACCGUACAGCAGAACAUUGGAGGCUGAAGCUGAUAAAGUGGGACUUCAGUUUGCAGCAAAGGCUUGUGUGGAUGUACGAGCAAGCACUGUAUUUUGGCAACAAAUGGAAUUAGCAGAAACCAUUCAAGGGCAGCCCAAGUUACCAGAGUGGCUCUCCACACACCCUUCUCAUGAAAAUAGAGCUGAACACUUAGACCGGCUUAUCCCAGAGGCUCUUAAAAUAAGAGAGAGCUGCAAUUGCCCAUCUCUUUCUGGACCAGAUCCUCGCCUCAUUUUCAAACUUAACAUGCAACAUCUCCUGGAAUUGUCUAAAGGUCAAGAAACCCUAAAUUCUACAAAGCGAGAUCUCUCACAACCCAAACUGGAUUUUCCUCACACUCAAAAAGUGGAAGAUAUGCCAGUAACUUUUGCAGUUAAACCUACGAACUGAUGAUAAUAUUUUUUACUUUUUAUGAAACUUGUCGUCCCUGAAGGUCUGUCUUACCGCGCAAAUUUGUCUUUGAAGCAUAAAGAAGAUGUAGCCACUGAUAUUCUAUGUUUCUUUUAUGUGAUCUCUCAAAGGAAUAAGGAACCAUGCCCACACAAGAAG